CGGGAGCGCGCGCGCGCGCGCGCACUGACGCACGCCGGUGGCGAUUGCGCGCACGCAGGGAGCCCAGGCCUCCUGCACGGACGGACAGUCGGAGCCCAGCCUACUUUGGAGCUGAAUGGAGUGGGUUUUGAAGAGAAAUGACUGACCAGGAGAACAAUAAUAACAUAUCCAGCAACCCCUUUGCAGCUCUCUUCAGUUCUGUGGCCGAUGCGAAACAAUUUGCUUCUGUCCAGAAACAACAACUUCCUACAGGACCACCAGAAUGUCCAUUAUCUGCAGAAGAAGUUUAUGACAGUGAAGAUUCAGACAUCAGUAGUAUUGAGAGCAUUGAUAAUGACUCUAUUACAGACGCCAAUCGUGCAUUUCGCUCUCAAAAGGAAAUAUGUGAACAACUCAACAUCAAUCACAUGCUUCAGCGCAUCUUCCUUAUUACACUUGACAACAGUGACCCCAGUCUGAAGGGAGGGAAUGGGAUUCCACCACGCUGUGUUUUCUUGGACGAUAUGGCCACUGACCUGGACGGACAGGACUGGCUUGACAUGAACAAUGUGGAACAGGCUUUGUUCACUCGGAUGCUGCUACCGGAACCAGGGACUCGCUUGAUCUGCAUGACAUCAGGGAACGUUAUUAAUAUGUCAGCCGAUCGAGAUGCUGGAGAGAAGGACGUUAUUAGAUACCUAUUUGCUUGUUUUCGAAGAGUGAAAGGAGAGAUUACGAAGGUCCCAGAAAACCUGUUGACUUAUGCACUUCGUUGUAAGGUCCUGACUGUGUCUAACACCUGUACAGUCCUCCUCACACCUGAGAUCUACGUCAAUCAGAAUAUCUAUGAACAAGUGGUUGAUUUGCUUCUUGAAGGAGUAAGUGGACCACACUUUGAAGAUGUUACCGAGUUUAUGGAUGACGUGAUAGCUACCUUAAAGGCAGAUGAAGAGGUCCGGACAUUCAGCGAAGUCAUGUUUCCAGUGUUGGACAUUUUAUUGCGGCGCAUCAAGGAGUUGGACCUUUGCCACAUAAUGUUGUAUGGUUACCUGGACAUUCUCCUUUAUGUCACCAGACAGCCUGAUCUGGCACAAGUUUUCUUGAAGCAUAUUGAACCAAAGGAUCCAAAAAAUGGUAACCUAUAUCAGCAGACGCUGCUGGGAACCGUCCUGAAUAUGUCUUGUUUGCUGAAAACUCCGGGACUGGUGGAGAAUCACUUGUACUUUUUGAAUCCUUCAAGGUCCAGUCCUCCGGAGAUCAAAGUUCAAGAAUCAAACAUUCACCAGUUCAUGGCGCAAUUGCAUGACAAAAUCCAUCAGAUUCUACGGAACCUCAUCCAGCUUUCCCCGGAUACCAAACACUGUAUCCUUUCCUGGCUCGGAAACUGCCUCCAUGCCAACUCAGGACGGACGAAAAUCUGGGCCAACCAGAUGCCCGAACUCUUCUUCCAAAUGUAUGCGUCGGACGCCUUCUUCCUGAACCUUGCUGCUGCUUUGCUAAAACUCUGUCAACCCUUCUGCAAACCAAAGUCUCCUAAGCUGCUGACCUUCAACCCUACUUAUUGUAGCUUGAAAGAUUUGAAUGAAGAGGAACGGAAAAGCAGAAACGUGCAUAUCAAAGGUUUAGACAAGGAGACCUGUUUGAUUCCAAUACCUCAGGGACUGGAACCAUCUUUCGCUCAAACAUACAACCUGGUCACGGAGAAUUUAAUCCUGACUCAGUUCGCCUUACAUCUGGGUUUUCACAGGUUACAUGAUCAGAUGAUAAAGAUGAACCAGAGCCUGCACCGGCUGCAGGUUGCCUGGAGGGAGGCACAGCAGUCCUCCAGCCCAGCUGCAGAAAACCUCCGUGAGCAAUUUGAACGACUAAUGACGGUCUAUUUAUCUACUAAAGCAGCUGCCACAGAGCCGCAGAUGCUCCAGAAUUGUAUGAACUUGCAGAUUUCCACCACAACGAUAUUGGUGCAAUUUUCUCUAGGAAAUCGAGGAACAGACUACAUGGAGGUGACCUUCCCUCUUCUGGACUUGGAAUACUGCAUGCUUUCUCAUGUCCCAGAGUUCUUUGCUGACAAUCUUGGAGAUUUUUUCAUCUUCCUACGGAGAUUUGCAGAUGACAUUCUGGAAACUGCAGGCGAUUCUCUAGAGCAGCCUCUACACUUUGUCACGGUGUUCAUGGGUAACGUAGAGAGGAUGAAGAACCCUCACUUGCGAGCAAAACUGGCUGAAGUCCUUGAGGCUGUGAUGCCUCACAUGGAGCAAGUUCAGAACCCAAUGAUUAGCAGCAUGUUCCACCGGCAGCGAGUCUUCAGCUCGUACCAGCAUGCACACUAUCUCGCUGAAGCACUUAUCAAAGUGUUUGUGGACAUUGAAUUCACAGGUGAUCCACAUCAGUUUGAGCAAAAGUUUAACUACAGGCGGCCCAUGUAUCCUAUCCUAAAAUACAUGUGGGGAUAUGAUAACUACAGGCAAAGCAUCAAGACUUUAGCUGACUAUGCGUUUGACAACUUGGAGGCAAUGAACCCUCCUCUUUUUCUCCGAUUUCUCAAUCUACUCAUUAAUGAUGCCAUCUUUCUGUUGGAUGAAGCUAUCCAGUAUUUGAGCAAGAUUAAAAUCCAACAAAUCGAGAAGGACCGGGGGGACUGGGAUAACUUGCCCCCUGAAACUCGGAGGGAAAAGGAAGGCAACCUUCAGAUGUUCGGGCAGCUGGCUCGCUUCCACAACAUUAUGUCUAACGAAACGAUCGGCACCUUGGCAUUCCUUACUUCAGAAAUCAAGGCUCUGUGUGUGCACCCCAUCCUCGCUGAGCGGAUCAUCUCAAUGUUGAACUAUUUUCUUCAGCACUUAGUUGGGCCUAAAAUGGGUGCCCUCAAGGUCAAAGAUUUCAGUGAAUUUGACUUUAAGCCACAACAGUUGGUGUCUGACAUUUGUACCAUAUAUUUGAACCUGGGAGUGAAAGAGAAUUUCUGUGCUACUGUGCCAAAAGAUGGGCGCUCCUAUUCUCCAAUGCUGUUUGCACAGACUGUGAGGGUGCUGAAGAAGAUCAAUAAGCCAGGCAAUAUGAUCAUGGCUUUCAGUGAACUGGCUGAUAAAGUAAAGUCUUUUGCAGACCUGCAACAGCAGGAAGAGGAAACAUUUGUAGAUGCACCAGAUGAAUUCCUGGAUCCAAUAAUGAGCACAGUGAUGACCGAUCCCGUUAUAUUGCCCUCCUCCCGGGUGACAGUCGACAGGUCAACCAUAGCUAGGCAUCUCCUCAGUGACCAAACCGACCCAUUCAACCGUAGUCCACUCACGAUGGAUCAGAUCAAAGCAAACUCAGAAAUGAGAGAGAAAAUUCAGCAGUGGUUGGCAGAAAGGAAACGACAGAAGGAACAAAAUGGGCAAACCUUAGAGUGAAAAACCAAAAAUGACAAGCGCAAGAAUGUUAUCGGACAUUCACUGCUGUCUAAAUUUGCCUGCUGUACCAGGACUACGCAGGGACUGUACCUUAAUGGCUUAUCUUAAUCCAUCAUCGCAACCCCUGUUCAUUACCGAUCAAUAUAAUGGAAUGUUCUUGUCCUAACUGUGCAGGAGGUUGGUCCAACUUUGUCCCAUUUUUGCUCUCAAGCAACCAGCUCCCAACGUUAGCACCUCAAAUUCAGUAUUUUCUUAUCAAUGUAGCUGACUGAAAGUCUGAAAUGUGAGGAGACCUGUAAAAUCUACUGAGUGAGGAGUUCACAACCAACCAUGUGCUUUUUUUAAAGUUGGGAAAUGUUUAGUGGCUUUGAAAUUGUGUUAUUAAGGUACAAGCACUUAAUGUGCUUGUGUAAAAUUCCGUUUUCUGCUGUUUUAGCAGGCACCUUAACAUUCUUAUGUUAACAGGUUGAGAACUCUACUUAAAUAGCAGAUAAAGGAAAGUGGUAAGCUACUGUAGCGCAGCAUUAUUCCCAGGCGUGGGUGUUUUAGCCCACUCAUCAGAACCAUCUUUUUGGAGGCACUGGAUGGACUGGACGUUCAUUUAGCUAUCUGGCUGAAAGGGCUUCAGAGAUCCUGUGUAAAGUGGGAAGCAACUAAUGGUUACGUAAAUGCAUUGGUGCGCUAGAUCUCCAUAAUUAUUAUGCAUGUGCCAAGACCAGUACCAUUGUGUUGUUGCAUUACUCUGCAAUGAGUCCUGAAGAGAAGAAAGGGUAUCUUUUGUUGUGUCGCUUACUUGGUAUUGAAUCUUGCAUGUCAGAAUUUGCAUAGAGGCGCUUCUGCAAAAUCUGGUACACUAAGAAUCCCUUAUGUGGUGCUAUCCAUGACACCAGUUGUGUGAGGGAGCCCCUGCAAACAUUGAUGUGCUCCAAGACAUCUCCUGCAAGAAAUGCCACAUCCUUGGGAACCCAAACCCCUUCUCCCACUUCUGACAGUGACCUAAAAGAAAUCUGAAUGUUAGAGGAAAGGUAUUUUUUCAUUUUUACUAUAAAGCAACAGAAUUGAUGUAUGAGUAAGUCAACAAUAGCUAUAGAGUGGAAAAUUCUUAACAAUAGCAGCAAAAACUGUACUCUCUGCCCCAGACAGACACACACACACAAACGCAAUUACUUUCACAGACCCCCCUGGAACCCCCUUGCAAAUCCUGGUUUGGAAAUCUGUGUGCUGAAACAGAAAGCCUCAUACACUUUUGUGUUGGCUGUGGCUGCCUUAUAUAAUGUCUCUGUUGUAAGAUGCUUUUUUCUGAAACUCCCAAAGACUGCACCACAAAGGGCAAAGGCUUAAAGUGUGUCUGUAAUCUCAAUGCAGUCGUCUUAUAGAAAACACUGUCUGUGUGUGCAAGGGAACGAAGUUUGCAGAUCCUUGCUUUUUCUCUAUCCUCCUCCAGCAUACUGACCUAAAAGAUUGUACUGUCAAUGACCAUUUCAAAGCAAUAGGUUCACUCCUAACCUGCCUUUCCUGAUGCAGAUGAGAAUGGAUACUAGAAAUGCAUUAUGUAAGCUUGAACUGGGGUGAACAAAUUAUACUAAAUUAUACUGGGUUAAUGCAAAAUACGGUGUCAGGAAUAUGGACAUCCAAGUUAAUGGAAACUAGUAAUGUGUAGCAAUUGCAAAGUAUUUUAAGACUAUGCGAGGAUAAGCUGUUGAAUUUAUUUUUCAGAUGCACAUCAACUUAACUAAUAACUCAUGAGCAGUGAAUCUUGAGGAAUGGUGAUGGUCAUUUCAUGUAUUCUAUGUUCUUCUGAGAUGUGCUAUAGACUUUUAACUUGGCGGGCGUGCCACCAAAUAGCACUCUCAACAAUCGUUUCUUUUAAUAAAAUAAGUUUUUGAAUGGACUGGUACUUGAGUGGUGUCCAGUAAAGUUUGGUGAGGCAGACGGAGAGUAAUGUUACUGAUUUUUGGCAGGUUUCAAAAGCCUUUGGCUCUGUCUUGUUCACUGAACCUUUGAGUGAGGCCAUUUGCGUCCAGUUUAAUUUUGCCUCCUUUCGGAACUGUUCCUUUCUUGUAAAAACUUGUGCUGGCAUGUUUUCAAUCCACUGCCCCUACUAUUGGCCUCAUGUCCCAUUGAGUUGGAACACACUGCUCUCCCCAUGUAUGGACCAUCUAAGAAAGGUUGUUGAGGGUUUUCCUUCAGCUCUAUGCUCUUUCUCUUUGUCUCUCAAAAGGCUCAUGGUUUUUGUCUCCUGUUUUCCCACAGGGAUUUGCAGAGAGAUACUAAUAGUUGUUAGGGAGGGAAGAGGCAUAGAAAUUGACCAUUUGAUUUGUUGCUAUAUUGAUCUGCAGAGGAACUCGUGCUUAGUAAAAGAUCGUUCAGAGUGAACGAUCUCAUUUCAUACUUACCCAUCUGGAAACACACAGCUGUAAUAUGAAAGCAAUGUAGUUCAAAUUCGCAGUGACAACUUAAUCAACAAGUUAACUAGGCAUGAAUCCCCUUUCCAUCUGCCAUUUAAAGCUUUGUACUGGGUACUUUCAUGGUGUUACACUGUGACAAUGGAUGUCAAAUAUUUUUUUAAAUGAACCAAUAACAUUGUUUCAACUUCCUUGAUUUGUACUGAAAUGUUUAUGAUUUCUCUUUGUCUGGAAUUGCGAGACUUGAACAGGUGUAAAGAAAUCUUUAGAGGACAUUUAUUCGCAAAUUGUAAGUUGCUUAUUUCGAAGGUCUGAGAUACAUAGACAUGAGCUAAACUUACUCUCAGCUUUCCUCUUUGUUAUCCAUCCUUGCUGUCCUCAGGGGUCUGACACUGCUGUAGCCCUGACAUUAUGCUGAAUUGCAAUGAAUUGAGGGUUGGGAUUAAACUCCUAAGUUACUUGGCUACAUUGGCGUCUAAAGUUCUGCUAUCCUAUUUCUCCAUAAAGGCUGAGAGAACAGGCUGUGGUGUGUGGGAUGCAGGAGGGCUGUUGGGCCUGCUUCUGUGAAGAGCACUACUUUCAUUAUUCAGAAGGGAAAGAAGUAUUGGUUCUGCAUUUCAAUAAAUGUUAACACUCUUGGUUCUUUUGGGAAUGUUUACUGGGACACAUGCAAGGUGAUGUUUAUAUUUUGCCUGUGUACUUGGAAAGAAUUCAUACAUUGAAGUCAGUGUACAUUUUAAAAAAAAAUUCGAGAUUAAAAGUACAGAGGAGAUCAAUAUUAUCUUUUUUUAAAAAAGCUGGUUUUCUUUGUGCUUUAUUUAUUCUUCUCAUCACUCCCACCCUAAGCACCACUCAUCUCCUUGAUUGGGAUUAUGGACUGAUGGCAUGUUCUUGCCCCCUUGCUGACAUUGAAACUUAGAGCUGGGGAAGAGUGCUGCAGCUGGUGUGUCCUCUCCUUGGUAACUUCUCUACAAUGUUCCUCCUCCACUGGGGAAGCCAUUCCACAAGCAGAUUGUUGAAACUUACAACAGCUGAGAAAGGUUCAAGCAUUUGAAAUGUGGCGUGCUUUCUGUCCACAUCUGACUUCCUGGGCGGGGGGUCUUUGCACUGGUUGAAGAGGGACCUACUUGCAUGCUGGGCUAAACUUUGUCUUUUUACUUGUAUUAUUAGUAAGCUUUAGGUUAACCAGAAACCUGCUAUUAAUUACUUGAGUUUUUUUUUCAUUUUUGCUGCUGUUUUUGUAACCAGAUGUAAAGCAAAGCAGUUCAAAGUUCCGUAACAGUUCUAACCCCUUCGAGCAAGGUAACUGUUAAGAUAACUACUUGUGUAUUACUGCACCCUGCAUUUAUCCCUUUGCAUUCAAUUCUGUCAAGCCGGGAGUUAUUCUGUGUUGUGUUAAAAGCGCUGUUGAUGCUACUGUGGUUUACCUUGAGGAAGAAUGCUUAGCUUCUUUAAUAACAAUUUUUGCAAAAUGUAGUAAUAACUUAAUGCAAUGGUUAUCAGAUUGCAAGAUAAAUGCAAGUGUGCAACCAAA